AUGGCCCACGACCAUAUAGGAAAUCCACCACCGGAAAUACUUAAGCAGCUCGUGAUAACAGCAGCAGAAAGAAUGACUGGUGUUGUGAUUGGAGCCGAUGCAAAUGCUCAUCACACAAUCUGGGGAAGCUCGGCCAUAAAUGAAAGAGGAGUAGAACCUACUUUUAUUAUUGAAGGCAGAAAAGAAGUUUUAGAUAUUACGUUAACUAUUGAAAACACAGAUCUUGAGAUUAAGGAUUGGAGAGUUCUUGAUGAACACUCAUUCUCUGACCAUCGUUAUAUUCAAUUCUAUAUAAAUCUACAAUGUCCAGUUGAGAAACCUUAUCGGAAUUACCGUAAUACCAGCUGGAGUAGAUAUCGAACCAAUUUACUAAAUCUACUUCCUCUAUAUCCUAUUGAAGAAGUAGAGACUCCUCAAUCGCUAGAUAACGUUGUGGAAACCUUCACAAAAGCUUGCAACAUAGCCUUGGACCGUUCUUGCCCGCUGAAAUCACAGAGGGGAAAGAAAAAGCCAUUGUGGUGGUCCGAGGAAAUAAGAGAUCUUAGGAAAUCAAGCAGAAACUUGUUUAACAAGGCCAAGAGAAGUAAUCUUAACACUGACUGGGACAUCUACAAAGGCUACUAG